ACGAACAAACGCUGCCCUACAAAGCACAACCCAACACAACACCCUCUCCUCCUUAUAUAACUCUCAUCUCUCUCUGUCUCUAUCUCUAUCUCAGUGUGAUUCAAUCUUCAGGAAUCUCAGAUCUCUUUCUCUCGCUCUCUCUCUAUAUAUCUUAUUUUGAUUUCAAUUCUUGUUUUUUCUCUGAGUCGCUCCUCUUUCUCUUUUCUUGGUUCGAAUCAAUGGCGUCUGCUACUGGAAACUCCAUUUGCAUGAAGCUCGUUUCGUGCUCUUUGAAGCCGACCCAGCCAUCAAACAGCGGAAUUUCAAGUCUGAGAUCAGUCUCAGUGCCUAUCAAUACGAAAGGCUAUCCAUCUCUUGUAUCACGCCGAGGUUCAUCUCGUAUUCAGGUUUUCUGUGCGGCCAAGCCCGAGACAGUGAACAAGGUCUGUGCAAUAGUGAGGAAGCAGUUGGCACUGCCAGAUGACUCUGCUGUUACAGGAGAGUCUAAGUUUGCUGCACUUGGAGCUGAUUCUCUCGAUACGGUGGAGAUUGUGAUGGGGCUUGAGGAGGAAUUCGGGAUCAGUGUGGAGGAAGAGAGUGCUCAGAGCAUCACCACUGUCCAAGAGGCUGCUGAUAUGAUUGAGAAGCUCAUUGAGAAAAAUGCUGCUUAAAAAGAAAAUUAGCUUUUAAGACUCCCCUAAGAACCAAGUACACUUUCAUGAAGAUGUUGUUGGUGACUCGUGUGGCUUUGCCAUAGUUGAGGAGGACUCCCUACUUAGUAGAUGAAUUUGCAAGUUUUGCAUGGGAUUUUUCAUUCUAAGUUAUUGUUUUUGGCCUGAAAUGGAACUUGCUGCUUGUGCA